AUGUGGACCAGAUGGAUACACUGGAUAAAAUGCACCGGGAAAUUAUGAGCAGGGUGCACUCGGUCAUUGUUAAUGUUCAGGAAUAUCAAAGCUACUUUAGGAAAUACAGCCACUUAUGGAUGGAUGAUAAAGCCAAAUUUAUGAAGCAGUUCCUUCUCUAUGGACGAUUUCUCCGUACUGAAGAGCUGGAAUUAUAUGCAGACUAUGAACUUCAGAAAUGCUCCCCACAGUUAAAUCACUUUAAACAACAGAUCAGCAUUUAUGAAGCCCUGCACGAAGAAGUAAGCAAGUUUGAAAACCAGAAGAUUUUUAAUGGCUGGUUUCAGGUUGAUAUUAAGCCUUUUAAGAUAGCUGUGAUGAAUGUUAUUAAAAAAUGGAGCUGGAUGUUUCAGGAGCAUCUGCUCAACUACGUAGCCCAAAGCAUUACAGAAUUAGCCAAGUUCAUCCAUGAAACGGAAAAAGGGUUAGCUAAGCAAGUGAAUGAAGGAGAUUACACACUUCUGGUUGAAAUAAUGGGACACCUCAUGGCUAUCCGCGAUCGGCAAUCCAUUGAAGAUAUUUUCAAGCCUCUAAAAUCCACGGCUGAAUUGCUGCGAAGCUAUGGGCAACAGCUACCAGAGCAGAUUUACACAGAACUUGAGGAAUUACCUGAAAAGUGGAAGAAUCUUAAAAAGAUUGCCUUCACUGUGAAGCAUGAAGUGGCUCCUCUACAGUCCAAUGAAGUGUCUGUUAUCAGAAGAAAAUGUGUACUUUUUGAGGUUAAACAGCAAGAGUUCAGAAACAGAUUUAAAAAUGAAGCCAUCUUUAGAUUUGAUGCUGGGAAUCCAUAUGCAUGCAUGGACAAGACUCAUAAAGACAUUGCAAAACUAGAGACAGAAAUGAAAAUGCUGCAGGAAACUGCAAAGCUUUUUGAAGUGAGUGUGCCAGAAUACAAGCAGCUGAAGCAGUGCCGUACUGACGCCAUCUUGCUUAAAUCAGUCUGGGAUAUGGUGGUGUUUGUCCAGAUGAGCAUUAAAGACUGGAUGAAAACUCCAUGGAAACAUAUAAAUGUUGAACAAAUGGAUGUAGACCUUAGAAGAUUUUCAAAGGACAUGAAGACUUUGGAUAAAGGAAUACGUGCUUGGCAUGUAUACGUGGGAUUAGAGUCAACAGUUAAGAAUUUGUUAACCUCCUUGAGAGCAGUGAAUGAACUUCAGAACCCUGCCGUCCGGAAAAGACACUGGCAACAACUUAUGGCUGCAACAGGGCCGCAAAUGACUUUUCUUUUCAAUUUCGUUUCCCAGGUCUGCUUUGUCAUGAACGAAGACACUACACUAGGGGACCUUUUAGCUCUCCAGCUCCACAGGGUAGAAGAUGAAGUGAAACAUAUUGUGGAUAAAGCUGUGAAAGAAAUGGCAAUAGAAAAAGCACUCAUGGAAAUCAAUCAGACAUGGGGUGUUAUGGAUUUCUCAUAUGAAGAACAUCACAGCACAGGCACGCCAUUGUUGAAAUCCGACGAAAACCUUAUAGAAACACUAGAAGACAACCAGGUGCUGCUUCAGAAUAUACUGAUGAGUAAAUAUGUGGAAUAUUUCCUGGUGGAGGUCAGUAGCUGGCAAAAGAGCUUAAUGGUAGCAGACAUGGUAAUUUCACUGUGGCUGGAAGUACAGCAAACCUGGGCUCAUCUCCAGAGUAUCUUCACCAAUUCUGAGGAUAUACGAAACCAGCUUUCAGAAGAUGCUAAAAGAUUUGAGGGGAUUGAUAAGGAUUUCAAGGAACUUAUGGCUGUGCUGGUGAAGGCAAAAAAAGUCAUAGAAGUAACAAACCAGAUGGGAUUACUUGGAAAACUGGAAGUUCUUCAACAAAGGCUCACACUUUGUGAGAAAUCCUUAGCGGAUUACUUAGAUGCCAAGAGACUCACCUUUCCAAGAUUCUAUUUUGUCUCUGCAGUGGAUUUGUUAGAAAUCAUCUCUAAAGGAACUCAUCCCAAGCAGAUUACCAGGCACUUGGUGAAGCUCUUUGACAAUGUGGCCGACCUUAAAUUUGAAGAGGACAAAAGCACUGAAAUACAGAUGGCCGUAGGAAUGUACAGCAGAGAAGGAGAGUUUGUGGUCUUCUCAGAGCCCUGUUUCUGCAAAGGGCAGGCAGAAUGCUGGUUAAGCUCUUUAGAGGAAGCCAUGCACAGGACAGUCAAGCAGAAGAUAAUGGAAGCUGUGUCAGCCUACGAGGAUAAGUCCCGAGACCAGUGGCUCUUUGACUUCCCGGCCCAAGUGGCUUUAACCAGCAGUCAAAUCUGGUGGGUAGCUGAUGUCAGAAUGGCUUUUGAUCGGCUCGAGGAAGGCUUUGAAACGGCCUUGAAAGAUUACAACCGCAAACAGAUUGCUCAACUGAACGCCCUUAUAAACAUGCUGUUAGGGGAACUCACCCCUGGAGAUCGUCAGAAGAUCAUGACAAUAUGCACAAUUGAUGUACAUGCUAGAGAUGUUGUAGCAAAGCUUAUAGCACAGAAGGUUUCCAACGGACAGGCAUUUACUUGGCUAUCGCAGUUGCGCCACAGGUGGGACGAAGAGCAGAGCAAGUGCUUCGUCAACAUUUGUGACGCUCAGUUUCAGUACUUUUACGAAUACCUUGGAAACAGCCCCAGGCUUGUAAUUACGCCACUGACUGACAGAUGCUAUAUUACAUUGACACAGUCUCUUCACUUGACCAUGAGUGGCGCACUGUCAGGCCCUGCAGGAACAGGAAAAACAGAAACCACCAAGGACUUAGGCCGUUCUCUUGGAAUGAUGGUGUAUGUUUUCAACUGCUCUGAACAAAUGGAUUAUAAGUCAAUUGGAAAUAUCUACAAAGGUUUGUGCCAAACUGGCGUGUGGGGGUGUUUUGAUGAGUUCAACCGCAUUUCUGUGGAGGUGCUGUCUGUCGUUGCUGUUCAGGUUAAAACUAUUCAAGAUGCCAUCCGUCACAAGAAGAAAAGAUUCAAUUUUUUUGGUGAGAGUAUUGAAUUGAAAGCAACCGUGGGGAUCUUCAUAACUCUUAAUCCAGGUUAUGCAGGAAGAGCAGAACUUCCAGAAAACCUUAAAGCUCUUUUCCGACCCUGUGCAAUGGUGAUUCCAGACUUUGAACUUAUUUGUGAAAUAAUGCUGGUGGCGGAAGGAUUUGUGGAUGCCCGAUUGCUUUCUAGAAAGUUCAUUUGCCUCUACAAACUUUGCCACGAACUUCUUUCAAAACAGGAUCAUUAUGACUGGGGUCUUAGAGCUAUAAAAUCAGUUUUAGUUGUGGCUGGAUCACUGAAACGAGAAGACCAAAGCAAACCUGAAGACCAGGUUUUGAUGAGAGCCCUCAGGGAUUUUAAUCUUCCGAAGGUAGUCACUAAUGAUGCCCCUAUAUUCCUGGGCCUGAUCAACGACUUGUUUCCAUUGCUGGAAGUUCCACGGAAAAGGGAUCUGAAGUUGGAACAGCUGGUGCGCCAGUCCAUUGCAGAACUCCAUUUGCAGCCCGAGGAAAACUUUAUCCUGAAGGUUAUGCAGCUAGAAGAACUACUGUCUGUCAGGCAUUCGGUCUUUGUGGUUGGAAAUGCUGGGACAGGGAAAAGCCAGAUAUUAAAGACACUACACACGACUUAUUCAAAUAUGAAGCUGAGGCCAGCAUGGAAUGAUAUCAACCCCAAAGCUGUCACAACAGAUGAACUUUUUGGGUUUCUUCACCCUUCAACAAGGGAGUGGAAAGAUGGCUUGUUUUCUUCCACGAUGAGAGAACUGUCUAGCAUCACACAUGAUGGCCCCAAAUGGAUUGUGCUAGAUGGUGACAUUGAUCCUAUGUGGAUUGAGUCGCUCAACACUGUCAUGGAUGACAAUAAGGUUCUGACUCUAGCAAGUAACGAACGAAUUUCAUUAACGCCUUCCAUGCGGCUGGUGUUUGAAAUAAGCCACCUUUGGGCAGCAACUCCAGCCACUGUGUCGAGAGCUGGCAUCCUCUAUGUGAAUACGCAAGACCUAGGCUGGAGUCCGUAUGUGACCAGCUGGAUUGAAACUCGCAAAGCACAGACGGAAAGAGCAAAUCUAACCAUCCUUUUUGACAAAUAUGUUCCUUACUGCUUGGAGCAAGUCCGCUGCAACUUAAAAACCAUCACCCCCGUUCCAGAGAACAGCAUGGUUCAGACUUUGUGUUCAUUACUGGAUUGUCUCCUGACCCCAGAGAACGUCCCCCCAGACUCUCCUCGUGAACUCUACGAAGUAUAUUUUGCAUUUGCAAGUGUAUGGGCCUUCGGUGGUGCUUUGUUCCAAGAUCAGCUAAUUGAUUAUCGCAUGGAGUUUAGUAGAUGGUGGAUCAAAGAAAUGCGAACAAUAAAAUUCCCUUCCCAAGGGACGGUUUUUGAUUACUUCAUUGACCCGGAUACGAAAAAAUUUACUUUGUGGAGUGAGAAAAUUCCAGGCACCGAAAUAGAAGCAGAUGUCCCUCUCCAGACAGUCUUGAUUCAUACAUCCGAGACCAUUCGCUUGAGAUAUUUUGUGGAUUUGCUUUUGGAGAAGGGUCAGCCAAUUAUGCUGGUGGGAAAUGCUGGAGUUGGAAAAACCAUUCUCAUGUCGGACAAGUUUAGCAAGCUCUCAGAAGAUUAUAUGGUUGCCAAAGUCCCCUUCAAUUAUUACACAACAUCUGCUAUGCUUCAGCGUGUUCUUGAAAGGUCCUUGGAAAAGAAAGCUGGCAGAAAUUAUGCUCCUCCAGGCAUGAGAAAAUUAAUUUACUUCAUUGAUGAUCUUAAUAUGCCUGAGGUAGAUGCCUAUGGGACUGUCCAGCCUCAUACUUUAAUUAGACAGCACCUCGACUAUAGUCAUUGGUAUGACAGACAGAAACUGAUUUUGAAAGAAAUUCACAAUUGUCAGUAUGUCACGUGCAUGAAUCCCACUGCUGGAAGUUUUUCAGUAAAUCAGCGUCUUCAGAGACAUUUCUCUGUGUUUGCUGUCCACUUCCCGGGAGCAGAUGCUUUAGCAACUAUCUACGGGAAGAUAAUGAACAUGCAUUUCCAGCAGGAGGGAUUCUGUCACAGUAUAGUGAAGUCUGUCGGCACACUUGUCCAAGCUGCCAUUUCACUGCACCAGAAGAUGACGCAGAAUUUUCUACCCACAGCCAUCCGAUUCCAUUAUAUUUUUAAUCUGAGAGAUUUGACACGCAUAUUCCAGGGUAUGCUUUUCGCAUCCCCGGACUGCGUGCGGGCUCCUAUUGACUUGGUCCAUUUAUGGUUUCAUGAAUCUUCCCGAGUCUACUCUGAUAAACUUAUGGAGGAAAAUGAUAUCGAACAUUAUAACAAAGUGCUUAUUGAUACAGCCAAAAGGCAUUUUGAGGGUGUUGAUGAGCACAUAUUUAUCUAUAAGCCACUAAUUUACUGCCACUUUGCCCACGGUGUUGGAGAACCUCGUUACUUUCCAGUAUCUGAUUGGAAGAAGCUGACCAGAAUUUUAACAGAGGCGUUAGAGCACUACAACGAACUGCAUGCAGCAAUGAACCUUGUUCUCUUUGAGGAUGCCAUACAGCACGUCUGCCACAUCAACCGCAUUCUUGAAGCUCCCUAUGGAAAUGCGCUUCUGAUUGGAGUCGGAGGAAGUGGAAAGCAAAGUCUGUGCCGCUUAGCUGCUUUUCUCGGCUCACUGGAAGUCUUCCAAAUCACCCUACGCAAAAACUACGGGAUUCAUGAUCUCAGGAGUGAUAUUGCUACACUUUACUUUAAAGUUGGCGUGAAGAACAUCGGCACUGUGUUUCUUCACGCAGAUGCUCAGAUCCCUGAUGAGCGUUUUCUCGUAUUAAUUAACGACAUGCUGGCAUCAGGUGAUAUCCCUGAUUUAUUUAAUGAAGAUGAAGUGGAUAGCAUAGUAUCUUCUACAAGGCUGGAACUGCGGGGGCUUGGCCAGGCUGAUUCAAAAGAGAACUGCUGGCAAUUUUUUAUUGACCGAAUUCGUCGGCAACUAAAGGUUGUGUUAUGCUUCUCCCCGGUGGGUUUCACCCUGAGAGCAAGAGCGAGGAAAUUUCCAGCCCUCGUCAAUUGCACUGCCAUUGACUGGUUCCAUGCUUGGCCCCUGGCCGCUCUCCAGUCCGUUAGCACCAGCUUCAUUGACAAGAUGGAUUUACUUGAUCCUCACGUGAAGCCUUCAAUCAGCCACUUCAUUGCUUUUGCACACACAAGCGUUAAUGAAGUAAGUGUCAAAUACCAGCAGAAUGAGAAGCAUUAUAACUACACAACACCAAAGAGUUUCCUGGAACUAAUUAAACUCUACCAGAAUCUGCUAGCGAAGAAGAGAAAAGAGUUGGUUCAAAAAAUGGAAAGAUUGGAAAAUGGGCUACAAAAGCUGCAGACUACAGCUUCACAGGUGGAAGAUCUGAAGUCUAAGCUUGCCGUUCAAGAGAUAGAACUUCAUCAGAGAAACAAAGACACUGAGGCUCUUAUUGACAAAAUUGGCCAACAGACAGAAAAACUAAGUCAAGAAAAAGCCACCGCAGAUGAGGAGGAGCAGAAGGUGGCGGCCAUUCAAGCAGAAGUAACAAAGCAGCAGAAAGAGUCUGAAAGUGACCUUGCCAAAGCCGAGCCAGCUCUGAACGCUGCAAAUGCUGCCCUGAACACGCUGAAUAGGCUGAACCUAACUGAGCUAAGAACUUUCCCAAACCCACCUGCUAUCGUAACAAAUGUGACGGCUGCUGUCCUGGUUCUCUUGUCCCCGAGCGGCAAGAUUCCAAAGGACAGGAGCUGGAAAACCGCCAAGAUGUAUAUGAGCAAGGUAGAUGAAUUCCUCCAAAGUCUCAUCAAUUUUGAUAAAGAACAUAUCCCCGAAGCCACUGUUAAAGCUUUAAAAGAAGAUUAUCUGAGUGAUCCAGAGUUUAGCCCAGAGUUUGUCCGGACAAAAUCUUCAGCAGCUGCUGGUCUUUGUGCAUGGGUUAUUAAUAUCGUUAAAUUCCACGAGGUUUACUGUGAAGUAGACCAAAAACGGCAAGCCCUGGCCCAGGCCAACGCAGACUUGAUCGUUGCAGCGGAAAAACUUGAGUCAAUAAGGAAGAAGCUCAAUGAACUAGACACAAACCUGGCUGCCUUCACCACUGCCUUUGAGAGGGCGACAGCUGAGAAAAUCCACUGCCAGGAAGAAGUGAAUAGAACUAAUAAGACUAUUGAGCUGGCCAACAGAUUAGUGAAAGGUCUCGAGUCAGAGAAUGUGAGGUGGGCUCAGUCCGUAGCUCAGUAUCAUGAGCAAGAGAAGACACUGUGUGGAGAUGUGCUUCUAACAGCAGCAUUCGUUUCGUACGCGGGGCCAUUUGCCAAACGGUAUCGGCACGAGCUAGUUCAGAAUCUCUGGCUGCCCUUCUUGAGAAGCCAAAAGGUUCCCAUUCCAAUGACUGAAGGUCUUGAUCCGAUCUCCAUGCUGACGGAUGAUGCAACAAUUGCUAAAUGGAACAAUGAAGGCUUGCCUAGUGAUACCAUGUCCACGCAAAACGCCACUAUUCUUACAAACUGCGAACGUUGGCCUCUAUUGAUUGACCCCCAGCACCAGGGGAUCAAAUGGAUAAAAAGCAGAUAUGGCUCGGAUUUGAAAGUCAUCCAUUUGAGUCAGAAAGGGUAUGUCGAUGUGAUAGAAGAAGCUAUUGUUGCUGGAGACCCUGUUUUAAUAGAAAACCUGGAGGAGACCAUCGAUCCUGUGCUUGACCCUCUGCUUGGAAGGCACAUGCUCAAAAAAGGAAGGUAUAUUAGAGUAGGAGAUAAGGAGUGUAAAUUUCACCCUAAAUUCCAGCUCAUCCUCCACACCAAACUUGCCAAUCCCCAUUAUAAACCAGAAAUCCAGGCUCAGACCACAUUAAUCAAUUUUACUGUCACACGAGAUGGUUUAGAGGAUCAACUGUUGGCAGACGUUGUCAACGUGGAAAGACCUGAUCUGGAACACUUUAAGUCUGAACUCACAAAGCAGCAAAAUUAUUUUAAAAUUGAGUUGAAAAUGCUUGAAGAUGAAUUACUGACACGCCUUUCAGCUGCCGAGAGUAAUUUCCUUGGGGAUACCCUUUUGGUUGAGAGACUGGAAACAACAAAACACACAGCGGCAGAAAUAGAAAUUAAGGUUAUGGAAGCCAACAUCAAUGAAGUCAAGAUCAACGAGGCCCGUGAGCAUUACCGCCCAGUAGCAGCAAGAGCCUCGCUUCUCUACUUCCUCAUGGAUGAGCUGAAGAAAAUCAAUCCAAUGUAUCAGUUCUCACUCAAGGCAUUUAAUGUUGUAUUUCACAAAGCGGUGCAACAAGCAGAACCUUCCAACAAUGUGAAAGAGAGGGUCAACAACCUGAUCGACUGUGUAACCUACUCUACUUUUAUUUAUAUCAGUCGCGGGCUAUUUGAGAGAGACAAGCUUACUGUCACAGCCCAAGUAGCUUUCCAGCUCUUGCUUAUGAAUAAGGAGAUUGAUGCCCAUGACCUAGAUUUCCUUCUGAGAUUUAAUAUUGACCACAGUUAUAACAGCCCUCUGGAUUUCCUCUCCAAUUCCACCUGGAGCGCAAUUAAGACAAUGAGCUUCAUGGAUGAAUUUCGUGGCUUGGAUAAAGACAUAGAAGGAUCUCCAAAGCGAUGGAAAAAAGUGGUGGAGUCAGAAUGUCCCGAGAAAGAGAAGUUUCCACAAGAAUGGAAGACCAAAAGUUCCCUCCAGAAACUGAUUAUGAUGAGAGCCUUGAGGCCAGAUCGGAUGACAUACGCUGUCAGGAACUUUGUUGAGGAGAAACUUGGAAGCAAAUAUGCAGAGGGACGUAAAACUGACUUUGCAAAAUUGUUUCAAGAGAGCGGGCCUGCUUUGCCAAUAAUUUUCAUUUUAUCUCCCGGAGUUGACCCACUGAAAGAUGUGGAAUCUUUAGGUAAGGCUCUUGGCUUUACCAUUGAUUCGGGGAAGCUUCACAACGUGUCUCUGGGUCAAGGGCAGGAGGCCAUAGCUGAGAUGGCUCUGGAAAAGGCAUCGAAAGAAGGCCACUGGGUUAUCCUCCAAAAUAUUCAUCUUGUUGCAAAGUGGCUUGACACAUUAGAGGAAUUGCUGGAGAAGUACAGUGAAGGAAGUCACUCAGCCUACCGUGUUUAUAUGAGUGUUGAACCUGCCCCCACCCCUAAAGAGCAUGUAAUUCCACAGGGAAUCUUGGAAAACUCUAUUAAAAUAACCAAUGAACCACCAACCGGGAUGCUGGCUAAUCUUCACGCUGCAUUGGAUAAUUUUGACCAGAACAUUCUUGAUCAGUGUACCCGUGAGCAGGAAUUUAAGGCGAUUCUGUUCCCCCUCUGCUACUUUCAUGCCUGUGUGGCUGAGCGGCGGAAAUUCGGACCUCAGGGCUGGAACAGGAAAUACCCUUUCAGCAACGGGGACCUUACCAUUUCGGUCAGCGUUCUGUACAAUUACUUAGAAGGGAACUCACAGGUACCCUGGGAAGAUCUACGUUACUUGUUUGGAGAGAUUAUGUAUGGCGGUCAUAUUACAGACGAUUGGGAUAGGCGGCUGUGCUGUACUUACCUGGAAGAAUAUAUGCAGCCCUAUCAGUUUGAUCGGAAACUGGCCCUUGCUCCUGGCUUUGUAGUGCCUUCGAACCUGGAUUACCAAGGUUACCACAAAUACAUUGAUGAAAUGCUUCCCCCCGAAAGCCCAGUCCAUUAUGGCCUCCAUCCCAACGCAGAGAUCGAAUUCUUGACAGUGACUUCAAACAACCUGUUCCAUUCUCUGCUUGAGCUACAAUCCCAAGACUCCAUCACUGGGGAAGGGGCAUCACAGACCGUGGAAGAAAAGGUUAAGGCCAUAUUAGAUGACAUACAAGAGAAGCUUCCGGAAGGAUAUAACAUGUCUGACGUUACCUCAAAAACAGCUGAACGUUCUCCAUAUAUCCUGGUUUGCUUUCAAGAAUGUGAACGGAUGAAUAUACUCUUACAUGAGAUAAGACGUUCCCUUAAAGAACUUGAUCUCGGUCUUAAGGGUGAGUUGGCAAUCUCUGCUGAGAUGGAGCAACUACAGACAGCUCUCUUUUUUGAUAAUCUUCCUGACACUUGGAUGAAACUGGCUUAUCCAUCAACCUACAGCCUAGCUCAGUGGUACAGCGAUCUCCUUCUGCGCUGCCGUGAGCUCGAUUCCUGGGCGCAGGAUCUCACCCUCCCCAGUGUCGUCUGGAUAUCAGGCUUUUUCAACCCCCAGUCCUUCCUCACAGCUGUCAUGCAGAGCCUCGCCCAUAAAAACGAAUGGCCUCUGGAUAAGAUGCACAUAACGGUGGACGUCACCAAAAAGUACAAAGAGGAGUUUACGCAGCCUGCUAGAGAAGGGGCAUACAUACACGGCUUGUACUUGGAAGGUGCUUGCUGGGAUGUUCAGGGCGGUCACAUAGCUGAAGCUUGCCUGAAAGCACCGACGCCGGCUAUGCCAGUUGUGUUUGUAAGAGCCAUCCCCAACGACAGGCAAGAGACAAGGAAUAUUUACGAAUGCCCAGUGUAUAAGACAAAACUAAGGGGCUCCACUUAUGUGUGCACUUUCCAUUUAAAAUCAAGGGAAAGGCCAGCUAAAUGGAUUCUCGCUGGUGUUGCUUUGCUUUUAAGUGUGUGA